GAUAUGUCUGCUGUCAGCUGUCUGAGAUCUGAAGAUCAGUUUCUGUGCUCCAUCUGUCUGGAUGUGUUCACUGAUCCAGUCAGCACACCAUGUGGACACAACUUCUGCAAAAACUGCAUCAAUGAACACUGGAACAGUAAUGACCAGUACCUGUGUCCAAUGUGUAAAGAGAACUUCAACACAAGACCGGACAUGAAGGUCAACACUUUCAUCUCUGAGAUGGUUUCUCAGUUCAGACAGGAAGCUCAACAGAAAGCCAGCAGCAGCAGCUCAGAGCAACAAGUUGCCAAACCAGGAGAAGUUCCCUGUGACGUCUGUACUGGAACCAAACUGAAGGCCCUGAAGUCUUGUCUGGUGUGUCUGACCUCCUACUGUGAGACUCACCUGGAGCCUCAUCUGAAAGCUUCAGGUCUGAAAAGACAUCAGCUGAUGGACCCUGUGGAGAACCUGGAAGACAGGAUGUGUAUGAAGCACGAUAAACCUCUGGAGCUGUUCUGUAAGACCGACCAGACAUGUGUCUGCAUGCUCUGCUCUGUUUUAGACCACAAGACACAUGAGUUUGUUCCUCUGAAAGAAGAAUAUGAAGGAAAGAAGGCAGAGCUGGGGAAGACAGAGGCUGAAAUUCAGGAGAUGAUCCAGAAGAAACGAUUAAAGAUUCAAGAGAUGAAACACUCAGUUGACCUCAGUAAGGAAGCUGCAGACAGAGAGAAAGCAGAAGGUGUUCAGGUCUUCGCCGCUCUGAAGGAGUCUGUUGAGAGAAGCCUGAAUGAGCUCAUUGAGACGAUUGAAGAGAAGCAAAGAACAACAGAGAAACAGGCUGAAGACUUCAUCAAAGAGCUGGAACAGGAAAUCUCUGAGCUGAACAAGAGAAGCUCUGAGGUGGAGAAGCUCUCACACUCUGAAGACCACCUCCACGUCCUCCAAAACUUCCCGUCCCUGAAAGCUGCUCCACCCACCAAAGACUGGACAGAGGUCAGCGUCCGUCCAUCAUCAUAUGAGGGGACUGUGGUGAAAGCUGUGGCUCAGCUGGAGGAGACGCUCAGUAAACAGAUGAAGAAGUUGUUUGCUGAGUUGAAGAGGGUCCAGCAGUAUGCAGUGGAUGUGACUCUUGAUCCUGAUACAGUACAUCCUAAUCUCAUCCUGUCUGAUGAUGGGAAACAAGUAAAUCAUGGUGAUGUGAAGAAGAAUCUCCCAAACAACCCAGAGAGAUUUUCUUAUUGUGUUUUUGUGUUAGGAAAGCAGAGUUUCUCUUCAGGCAGAUUUUACUUUGAGGUUCAGGUUAAAGGGAAGACUAAAUGGAAUUUAGGAGUGGCCAGAGAGUCGAUCAACAGGAAGGGAGACAUCACAUUGAGACCUCAGGAUUGUUACUGGACUAUAUGGUUGAGAAAUGGAAAUAAGUACAGUGCACGUAAUAGUCCUCCAAUCCGUCUCUCUCUGAAGUCUCCUCCUCAGAAGGUGGGGGUGUUUGUGGAUUAUGAGGAGGGUCUGGUCUCCUUUUAUGACGUAGAUGCUGCAGCUCUUAUCUACUCCUUUACUGGCUGCUCCUUCACUGAGAAACUCUACCCAUUCUUCUGUCCCUGUAAUAAUGACGGUGGUAUAAACUCCGCCCCUCUGAUCAUCUGUCCUGUCAAUCAAAAUGAUGAUGAUGAUGAUGAUGAUGAUUAUGAUUAUGAUGAAGCCAACCCCCACAACUUUGCUGAAGCUCUUCCGGAGGAGAUGAGCGUGAAGAUCUUCGGGGAGCUGGACGCUGAAAGUCUUUGCAGCGCAUCGCGGACCUGCAAGCUGUGGCACUACAUCAUCGAGGAGAGCGAGCAGCUGUGGAGGAGCCAGUGUCUGCUGGUCCGAGGCGUCUGUCAGAGAGAAGUGGACCGAGACAGGGGAGACGGCCUGUCCUGGAAGGUGACGUUAGUGAGGAACUACAGUCGCAGCUGUGUGAAGAGAGACUGGCUGAGAGGACGAUACAGCCACGUGAGCUCAGCUGAGGAGCUGAUGGGCAGGAAGAUGGUGCCGCUGGACGCAGAGACCUGGGGCGAGAUCCUGCAGGCCGAGCUCGACAGAUGACCCACUGGAUUUUAUUUAAAGCACCUCGAGCACUUCUCACUCUCUCAUUUUUAACUCUAAUGUAUAUAAAUAUAUUUUAUACUUGUGUGUGUUUAAUGAUAACACAAAUAAUUGUACAUAUUUUUUUAAUCUUUUUAAAGAAAAUAAUGAUGGAUAAUGGUGAAAUGAAGCAAACGGAAUCAUUACUGGCUGAAUUUAGUCAUUUCAAAUAGUGAAAGAAGUCAAAGACAGAGCUGUGAUGUGAAUAUGGCUGAGAUGCAAUAAAUCACAUAUUUGAGAA